CAUGGUCGAGCGGUCGAGCAGUCCCGUACACCCGUGGGCCGUGAACCGAGCGGUAUCUAUAUGAAUAAAACAACGAUAGAUACGACAACCACAACAUUACAACAAUCACUCUAUUAUACCACAUGAAUUAAUUAAAUGACAUUGCAAUAUAMUAUUAUAACAUUAUUGAUCAUAAUGUCACGUUGAUUACCGCCGUCGAACCAUCGGAACAGACGCGUCGACAACACCAGCACCGUGUACGGGGACGGAAUCCUGUUCUAGUGGCGACGUCUGUCGUCUGUCUGUACGGCGUGUUAAACAAACGAUAUAAGCGUACCGCGGAAAAAGGUGUCGCCUGGCCCGUAUGGUUAUUGAUUUGGUCCGAACGUUUGUUCGCGUUACCGAACAGUAAUUAGUAGGUACCCAUACACAGACCAAAACCGUUGUCUCUAAGUUGACGAAUGUACGCGAGGGUAAAAAUCCGGAUGACAAUCACAAGUGCACGAUAUAAUAGAUUUCGGAUUGUAAAGAUAAAUCACUUGUGCAGUGGUCGUGCGUCGUUUUAGUUAAAAUGUCCACGUUAACUGCUACCAAGAAGACGAAUAUAGAAGAUGAUGCUGCACUUCUAUCUACAGUAACUACUAACAGCAUGUUAAACCAACUAAGAGCAGACUCUGAUUAUGACGAAGAAGACGACGAAUUAACGACAAGACCCACACCUACUGGUAGUCCUCCUCCAGUAUCGGUGACCACUGCUAAUUCUGCCGACAGCGACGACGAUGAAAUAAUGGCUUCAUCUCCGCCACCACAAUCUUCCUCCACUGGUUUACCUGGUGGUAAUAUGACUCCAGCAACUGGUGCACCACCACCAGAUCAAGCAUCUGCAGGCGGUGGUACGUCAUCGUAUCAUAUACCACAGUUCCCCAUCGAACGCAUAGAAAGCAAAAUGGCAGCCAUUAGUAGCAGUCUGGCAAAAGAAAUGGACGAAAAACGAGCUGCCGCAGCAGCUUUAGGAUACCCACAGUCGACUAUGAACAAAGAUGAUCGACAGUUGUAUGGAGAUGGUGUAACAAUUUCAGCACCAUCGUCAACCAUUGCGGGAAUCGAUAAACAACUAUCAUCGUCCGCUGGUGCACAGUGGCAACAAAAUCUAACAGAAGACAACGAAGGGCAAUAUGAUUUUGUGCCACAUUUUCAACGMGUUAGCAUUGGUGGAGAAGAUAACAAUGGGGUCCCUUUGGAAGAUUUGCACUGGGCAUCGCAACAACUCAUGGAAGCGUUACACAUUAGAGAACGUUAUAUGCGAGUGUCCCAUCAAUCUUUCCCGAACAUCACGUCGAAGUUUUUCCACAAAAAGCACCCCAAGCCGCAAGGGGGGGAUCCAUCCUCGCCGUCGUCGGGCAACGCUUCGGUGCUACACUCGUCAGACAGCGUUACCGACGUGUCCGCUGGCGGCGACUCGAACAACAAAUCGGAAAUCAGACAGCCGUAUCCAAGAGCCCGAGUGAUCAAGCACGAAGACCGCCAAUCAAUCGCCGAUAUCCGGAAACGAGUCUCUGUUUCUGAUCUAGGAACGCAACAAUCUAGGAAAUCGUCAUAUAAUCCGUGGGCUGACCGACGAAGUUCAACCAUGGACGACGCGUUUACCGACCAACUAUUAUUCGACAUUGCGUACUGCCAAUACGACCAUCCGGUACAUCCACCAGCAAGUGUUGGUGACCCGUGGCAGUGCGACUUUCCACCAUCGUUGGGCUUCACGAUCCGUGCGCGGGAUGGCGUAUUUCAAUUGUACAGCAGUCCGGACUCUGAGACUCCAGUUCAAGGAUUCCCGUAUCCAAAUUUGGAGACAUUUUGUCGGGACAUGCAACGGCUGUGCACAAUGAUAUCUGACGGUCCACUAAAAUCAUUUUGUUAUCGUCGGUUGUCGUAUUUAUCAUCAAAAUUCCAGUUGCAUGUGCUACUAAACGAACUAAGAGAACUUGCGUCACAGAAAGCUAUUCCGCAUCGUGAUUUCUACAAUAUAAGAAAGGUCGAUACCCAUAUACAUGCUGCAUCGUGCAUGAAUCAAAAACAUUUGUUAAGAUUCAUUAAGAAAACUYUAAAAAAUCAUUCAGAUGAAGUGGUGUCUGCUGGUGGUAUGACACUUAAACAGGUUUUUGAAUCGAUGAAAUUAACAUCGUAUGACUUGACCGUCGAUAUGUUGGAUGUACACGCAGAUCGCAACACGUUUCACAGGUUUGACAAAUUUAAUUCCAAAUAUAACCCUAUUGGAGAAUCUCGUCUCAGAGAAGUAUUCUUGAAAACCGACAAUUAUACUGGUGGUAAAUAUUUUGCUCGGGUAAUUAAUGAAGUAGCAGCUGACUUAGAAGAAUCAAAAUAUCAAAAUGCCGAACUCCGUUUGUCUAUCUACGGAAAGAGUCGUGAUGAAUGGGAYAAACUAGCCAAAUGGGCUAUUUCUAAUAAAGUGUAUUCUGACAAUGUUCGAUGGCUAGUUCAGAUUCCACGAUUGUUUGAUAUAUUUAGAUCAAACAAUAUCUUAGACAACUUCCAGCAGUUAUUAGACAAUGUAUUUUUGCCACUGUUUGAAGCCACCAAUGAUCCUAAUUCACAUCCAGAUCUCCAUAGAUUUUUACAACAUGUAGUCGGGUUUGAUAGUGUUGAUGAUGAGUCAAAACCAGAAAAUCCCUUUGUUGACAGAGAAGUUCCCAAACCAGCACAAUGGAAAGAAACUGAUAAUCCUCCUUAUGCAUAUUAUCAGUAUUAUAUGUAUGCCAACAUGACUGUACUCAAUCAUCUCAGAAUUAAACAAGGUUUCAAUACGUUUGUGCUAAGACCCCAUUGUGGUGAAGCAGGAGCUGUACAACAUUUAGUGUGUGGUUUUAUGAUGGCAGAAAACAUAUCACACGGACUGCUCCUAAGAAAAGUACCUGUACUUCAAUAUUUGUAUUAUGUUGCCCAAAUUGGUAUAGCCAUGUCACCUUUGUCAAACAAUUCAUUGUUUUUGAAUUAUCAUCGGAAUCCAUUACCCGAAUAUUUGGCUCGUGGUCUGGUCAUCAGUCUGUCGACUGACGACCCUCUGCAGUUUCAUUUCACCAAGGAACCAUUAAUGGAAGAAUACUCAAUUGCUGCACAGGUAUGGAAAUUAUCAGCAUGCGACAUGAGUGAAUUGGCUCGAAACUCUGUAUUGAUGUCUGGAUUUCCUCAUAGGAUCAAGCAGUACUGGCUGGGACCCAAUUACACUAAGGAGGGGGUGGCAGGAAAUGACAUAUCGAGGACUAAUGUCCCGGAUAUACGAGUGGCGUACCGUAACGAAACUCUUUUAGACGAGUUAGCGGUCAUAUUUGGCUCCAUGCCGACAAAUGCGACAACAAAUACAAACAGUGUAACAUCUACAGUGCCUAAUUAAUAGAUCUAGACAUAUUAGUUGUACUCGAUAGAUGACAUACAUUUUAUUCUAUAUUAUAAGACAUUGUAUUCCAUGAUUAGUUAUAAAUUAUAAUCAUAUUAUUAUUAUUAUCUAGAUAUUAUUAUUUUUGUGACUAUUGAAUUUAAACGUAUUAGGCAAGUCUAGUUAUAUUUAA